CAUUACUGCAUAAGCACUUGCAUUUCUUGCGUGAGGGAUAUAAGAAACAGCCUAGUUUUUCCCGUGAUAAGAAUUUAUCUAGUAUAGAUUUAUAUUGUAGUUCACGUAUUUUAAUUGGUAGUUGUAAAGAAAUUAAGAAUUUAAUUAAGAAUCCGAUUUAGUGUUAACAAAAUGCAGAUUUUCGUGAAGACGCUCACGGGAAAAACUAUAACUUUAGAAGUUGAACCAUCAGAUACCAUUGAGAAUGUUAAGGCCAAAAUUCAAGAUAAAGAAGGCAUUCCCCCAGAUCAGCAGCGUCUGAUUUUCGCUGGAAAGCAGCUGGAAGAUGGCCGCACCCUGUCCGACUAUAAUAUUCAGAAAGAGUCGACCCUUCACCUUGUACUGCGUCUACGUGGUGGUAUGCAAAUUUUCGUGAAGACCCUUACUGGUAAAACCAUUACCCUUGAAGUCGAACCUUCCGAUACCAUUGAGAAUGUUAAGGCUAAAAUUCAAGACAAAGAAGGAAUUCCACCAGACCAGCAGCGUUUGAUCUUCGCCGGCAAGCAGCUGGAAGACGGCCGCACCUUAUCCGACUACAAUAUUCAGAAAGAGUCGACCCUUCACCUUGUACUGCGGCUUCGUGGUGGUAUGCAAAUUUUCGUAAAGACCCUCACUGGUAAAACUAUUACCCUUGAAGUCGAACCUUCCGAUACCAUUGAGAAUGUUAAGGCUAAAAUUCAAGACAAAGAAGGAAUUCCACCAGACCAGCAGCGUUUGAUCUUUGCCGGCAAGCAGUUGGAAGACGGUCGCACCCUAUCUGACUACAAUAUUCAGAAAGAGUCGACCCUUCACCUUGUACUGCGUUUACGUGGUGGUAUGCAAAUUUUUGUGAAGACCCUCACUGGUAAAACCAUUACCCUUGAAGUCGAACCUUCGGAUACCAUUGAGAAUGUUAAGGCUAAAAUUCAAGACAAGGAAGGCAUUCCACCAGACCAGCAGCGUUUGAUUUUCGCCGGCAAGCAGCUGGAAGACGGCCGAACCCUAUCCGACUACAAUAUUCAGAAAGAGUCGACCCUUCACCUUGUACUGCGGCUUCGUGGUGGUAUGCAAAUUUUCGUAAAGACCCUCACUGGCAAAACUAUCACCCUAGAAGUGGAACCUUCGGAUACUAUUGAGAAUGUUAAGGCUAAAAUUCAGGACAAAGAAGGAAUUCCACCAGACCAGCAGCGUUUGAUUUUCGCCGGCAAGCAGCUGGAAGACGGCCGCACCCUAUCCGACUACAAUAUUCAGAAAGAGUCGACCCUUCACCUUGUGCUGCGUCUACGUGGUGGUAUGCAAAUUUUCGUAAAGACCCUCACUGGCAAAACUAUCACCCUAGAAGUGGAACCUUCGGAUACUAUUGAGAAUGUUAAAGCUAAAAUUCAGGACAAAGAAGGAAUUCCACCAGACCAGCAGCGUUUGAUCUUCGCCGGUAAGCAGCUGGAAGACGGCCGCACCCUAUCCGACUAUAAUAUUCAGAAAGAAUCGACCCUUCACCUUGUACUGCGACUUCGUGGUGGUAUGCAAAUUUUUGUGAAGACCCUCACUGGUAAAACCAUUACCCUUGAAGUCGAACCUUCGGAUACCAUUGAGAAUGUUAAGGCUAAAAUUCAAGACAAAGAAGGAAUUCCACCAGACCAGCAGCGUUUGAUCUUCGCCGGCAAGCAGCUGGAAGACGGCCGCACCCUAUCUGACUACAAUAUUCAGAAAGAGUCGACCCUUCACCUUGUACUGCGGCUUCGUGGUGGUAUGCAAAUUUUCGUAAAGACCCUCACUGGUAAAACCAUUACCCUUGAAGUCGAACCUUCCGAUACUAUUGAGAAUGUUAAGGCUAAAAUUCAAGACAAGGAAGGCAUUCCACCAGACCAGCAGCGUUUGAUUUUCGCCGGCAAGCAGCUGGAAGACGGCCGAACCCUAUCCGACUAUAAUAUUCAGAAAGAGUCGACCCUUCACCUUGUACUGCGGCUUCGUGGUGGUAUGCAAAUUUUCGUAAAGACCCUCACUGGUAAAACCAUUACCCUUGAAGUCGAACCUUCCGAUACUAUUGAGAAUGUUAAGGCUAAAAUUCAAGACAAGGAAGGCAUUCCACCAGACCAGCAGCGUUUGAUUUUCGCCGGCAAGCAGCUGGAAGACGGCCGAACCCUAUCCGACUACAAUAUUCAGAAAGAGUCGACCCUUCACCUUGUGCUGCGUCUACGUGGUGGUAUGCAAAUUUUCGUAAAGACCCUCACUGGCAAAACUAUCACCCUAGAAGUGGAACCUUCGGAUACUAUUGAGAAUGUUAAGGCUAAAAUUCAGGACAAAGAAGGAAUUCCACCAGACCAGCAGCGUUUGAUCUUCGCCGGUAAGCAGCUGGAAGACGGCCGCACCCUAUCCGACUAUAAUAUUCAGAAAGAAUCGACCCUUCACCUUGUACUGCGUCUCCGUGGUGGCUUUUAAAAUUAUAAAAAAUAUAUAAGAACAUAACCAGCAACCUAUUUAAUUGCAGUAUUAAAUAUUUAGAAUGUUUCAAUGUAUUAUGUAAUCAUUCCAAGUUCAAUAUUCAAUAAACAGUUUGCUUCAGA